CACAGGAUUCAUGAUCCACAACCGGGAAUUUUUCAGGGGUGGUGGCUGUUGGUGGACAAAACUUGCGACUGACUUCCAGAAUUAUAUGGUUAAGCGUGAGAAUUUUGAGAAAUUCUUCCAGCUUGUGUUCAGCAGGGUUUUUUUUACUUGGAUCUUAAAUAUAUACAUAUUUUAGAUCAACAUAUAAUAACCGAAGCAAAGGUGGACAUUUAAGCCAGCUGUCUGUUUUCCAAGUUUUUGCUAGCCAAGGACUGCGCUACGUCCAGCUAGAACUAGUUGGCUAACAAAUUAGCUGUUUAGCUUGAUAGUUUGUUACAGCACGGUCAAGUCAAACGUUUAAGAUAUUGCGGAUCAAUGCAGGCCAUAAAGUGUGUAGUUGUUGGAGACGGGGCUGUGGGAAAAACAUGUCUCCUGAUCAGCUAUACUACAAAUGCCUUCCCUGGGGAGUAUAUCCCCACAGUGUUCGACAACUACUCUGCAAAUGUGAUGGUGGAUGGUAAGCCGGUCAACCUUGGCUUGUGGGAUACUGCAGGACAGGAAGAUUAUGACCGACUACGCCCUCUUUCCUAUCCACAGACGGAUGUGUUCCUGAUCUGCUUCUCCCUCGUGAGUCCUGCAUCUUUUGAAAAUGUUCGAGCAAAGUGGUACCCAGAGGUCAGACACCACUGUCCCAACACUCCCAUCAUCCUUGUGGGCACCAAACUUGACCUUAGAGAUGACAAGGACACAAUCGAGAAGUUGAAAGAAAAGAAACUCACCCCCAUUACGUACCCACAGGGCCUGGCUAUGGCAAAAGAGAUCGGAGCUGUGAAGUACCUUGAGUGCUCCGCCCUGACGCAGCGUGGCCUGAAGACCGUGUUCGAUGAAGCCAUCAGGGCUGUCCUGUGCCCUCCCCCAGUCAAGAGGAGGAAGAGGAAGUGCUCUUUGCUCUAGAUCUGCUCAUCACCAAGACGAGGGAGAAAGAGGGAGCACAAUGGCAUAUGGGAAGUCUGUGCAGAGUUUUAUCCCUGCUUAUUGUAACUACCACUACAAAUGUGUAUCAGAAGGAAGCAGAUUUUUUUUUUUUACUUCCACCAUCUUUUUCGUCAGUUGUUUGAAUGCAAACUACAAAUCAACUCCAAGUCCCACUUUUUGCAAGACACUACAAGCAUUUGAAAUUCCUGCGGCCUUCUUGAGCUUCAAUUUUUAAAUAUAUUCAAAAGGGUUUUUUUUUCUGUUGUGUAAUGAUGUACUUUUUUUUAUUUAGAAGUUUGUUUACAGUAUUUUUGUACCAUAUGAAGAGUUUGCCAUCGUGGCAGUGUCAUGCCCAACUCAUAUUACAAACACCACUUUCUCCUUGCUUGUGAAGUUACCAGAGAAGGGAGAGUAUUUAAUGAAGCACUGGAAAACA